AUGGAAGGAUCCACAGAGACUGGACUCGCCGGUGCUCGUCUACGUGUGAAGGCAGAGAUGUGGAGACGGAAAAGGGGGAUUCUGCGUGCAGUUUCUCUCGCAUGCUUCUCUUUGCUUUUGCUCCAUGCGCCACUGUCCGCUCGACCGGUCUUCGCUGGAGACGCAGGCGCAAAGGAAACUAUCCGCGCCGCAGAGAACCGCGCACCUCCGUCGCCUUCGCUGCUUGUGGAAGCGCCAUCUGCAAUUGCGGAUGAAAGCCAGAGAACCGCGUUCUCAAAAGCAGCGGGGAAUGCAGAAGGCGCUGAGGAGUCUUCUGCGGCAGAAGAAAAGCCGCACAUUUCGCCUGACAAAGAGGCGCCUGCUUCCUCUGGGAGACUUCACAAAACGCCUGCGGAAAAAACAGACGCGAAAGAGAACGAGGAAGUCCAAGGAGUCGAGCGAAAAGGAAAGGGAGACGACGCGCAAGAGAAACCGCACACCGCAGAGUCACCCUCGGCAAGGCUUAGCGCUGAAGGAGAAAAGGCAGAAGAUAGCCCGACUCAGACACGCGAAGGGGUGGAUUCCGAGAACGAAAAGAAACCGGCGAUCGAGACGGAAAGAUCCAAGAGCCGAGAGGAGAGGAAGGACCAACCACAGGAACGCGCUGACGUUGGCCAGACGGAACGAGAGGAAAACAGAGACAAGGAAAUGGAAAACGACGUGACUGCAGGUAGAAGCGCACCGAAUAGUCAAUACCCGGGCACAAAGAAUGAAUUCAUGGGUGAUAACCGCGACAGCAAUGAAAGCUUUGGUAAAGAUCACGUGAAGCGUGAUGACGCAUCUCACGAUGAUCAUGUCCGAGACGGCCAGCCUGACGAGGACGAAUAUGACGAGGAUGAUUCUGAUGAAGAUGAUUCUGAUGAGGAUGAUUCUGAUGGAGAUGAUUCUGAUGAGGAUGUUUCUGAUGAAGAUGAUUAUGAGGAAGAUGAUUCUGAGGAAUAUAAUUCUGAUGAAGAUGAUUCUGAGGAGGUUGAUCCUCAUGAUGAUGAUUCUGAGGAUGAUCCUAAUGAAGAAAGCACUUUUGAUGGCUACGUCGAUUACGAUGACGCCGGCGAUGAGGAUCAGGCUCAAAAUGACCUGGACUACGGUUCUCCUUCUCCCGAUCCCAACACGCUGAACGAAGCGAAGCACGGCACAAUCACGUCCGGCGGAAGUCGCGAGAGCGACGAAGAGGCGAAAGAAACACACGUCGAAGAAGAACAGAAAGACAAACUGCACUCGACAGGCACUACAGGAGGGUCCAUGGCAACAAGGGUGGCAAAAACAGAAGAGCGAGAAGCACCUGAGAAAGACGGAAGCUCCCACGACGAAGCAAGCGAUCAGAGGAAGGAAGGCGACGGAAAGCCAGAAGGGGGAACAGGCGAAAAAAACAGAGCAAAGUCCUCCAGUGAUCGUGGUGAACAAGAGGAAGAGCAGGCUACUGGCGAGGCCGGUCCCUUUGUUAUUCCGCCGUACAUGCACCCAGCUAUCCCGGCCGAUUUCUUCUCCUCGUAUUUCGCGCCGGAAGACGGGGAUUUCCCUCCCGGUUUGGCUGUUGCUCCGGUCGGUCAGUCUCCAUUCGAUGCCCUCGAGGAAAGGCGGGGCACAGAGGACGAAAUCACGGAGCGAACAUCGCGCUGGGCAGAGCGGAGAGAAGGCAGGAGGGAGGCGACAGGACACUUCGAAGCCUCGCCGGGUCAAAAGGACGACCCACGCGAGGAGAUGGAAAGAAACAAAGAACGUGGAGAAACGGAAGUUGCUGACAGUGCGGUGCGCCGGGACGCCGAGCUUGCCACAUCACAGGGUCUCGAAAACGUUGAGGACGGAGAAUCCCCUAAGUCUGAUUUAGACGUGUCUCCUCUCCAGCGACACCACCGCCCUCGUCCCCCACAUUACUACUACCCUGUCUACCCUGUCCCCGUUUACCCCAUUCCCACCUAUCCGUCACCUGUCCCCGGUCGGCCUUAUCCUCCCUCGUAUCGUGUCCCGUAUCCGUCCACUCCUUCUCCGAUGCCAUUGCAUCCCUUGCCUCCGCAAUAUCCGCCCAGCUACGGUUACCCCAGCCUACCCCCGAGGGACGAUGAAUGGGAGUUUGGAGAGGAAGUCUGA